AUGAAGCUCAUUAAUACUAUUAUCAUGGCCAUUGCAGCUGCAUCUUCUAUCAACAGUCAGUCUAUAAAUAUACAGAGAUCAGAACUCCAGGAAAUAGAUAGUGACCAAAUUUCCAGUAAUAAUUCUUUGCGUCUAACUAAGAGAAAUGCGGAUAAUGGUACUUUAUCUCCGGUACAAGGCUUAAAUAUAUCCGCAUUUAUUAAUGGUACUCAGGUAAACCGUGAUUCCGUCUUAGAAUGGGAAGCUCGUCGUAUCCAAAUUGUUGUAAAUAAGAUGAAACACAAGGUUCCAACAUGGUUAUUCGAAGAGAUAGUAGAUUUGACGUUGAGACCUGAGACAUCUAUUGAAAAUAUUACUCAGGAACGUCAAGCUUUGGCUGAUGCCAAAAUUCGAAGUGGUAAUUUUGUUAUGCGUCAAUUGAAUGCACCUCAAUUAGCUAUAUCUAGCAUUAUUAUGAUGGUUGCAGCAUCAAUACUGAAAAGUUGGGCUAUUAGUGAAAUUCACUUAGUUAGUAAUAAAGGUACAGCUGAAGGCUUUGCUAAAUGGUACACGUCAAAGGUUCAGGAAAAUGACGAAUUAGCCAUGCUCAUAGCAUGCCCAGAUCAUUAUUUACUUGGUAAAGCAUUUGCUGACGGUCAAGAGGUUAUUGAGACUACAGGAGGAGCGAUAUUAUCCAGUCAUUUCGGCAUUAAUUACAAUAAUUCUGCCAAUUUACCAAUUGACAAGGAUCCAGAAUACCCAGUUUAUUUUAAUGGAGCCGCUUUCAAUGAUUUUGGUAUGGUUGUGGGGGGAACUAACCACCAGUUGCGUACACUAAAAGAAGGUUUCGAGAUCCAUCCAAAAAUUUUUUUUCCAAGCGCAUUACCUUCUUUCAUGAUCAGUGAACAUCGUUGGCACUUAGCUUGUGAAUUUUCUAACUGGAUUACGGGUACAUCAAGGAAACAGAAGAGGAAGAAACGUAGAUUAGAAUCUCGUUAUCGCUAUGUGAGCUCGAAUUUUGUACAAUAUAUUACCUUCGAGUUUCUCAAAAAUUGUUAA